AUGAUGGUUCCCGGAAAGCUUCUCGCUACCUGGGCGAUAGCUGCCAUCACCGGCGCCACAGCAGCUUUCUCCGAGAGUGUUGCCAGCCCUAGCUCGCCCAUUUCAUCUGACUCAUCUGGCUCGCCUGGCUCCGGUACCGCCUGCGUCAACAUUCCUUCGAAUAGAGCGUGCUGGACGGAAGGAUUUGACCUAUCCACAAACUACUACGAUGAAGUUCCAGAUACAGGCGUGGUCAGAGAGUACUGGUUCAAUGUCGAGAACGGCACCGCAUCUCCAGAUGGCUAUGAGAUGCCAGUGCAACUCAUCAAUGGAUCGUUCCCUGGCCCAACUAUUAUUGCUGACUGGGGUGACACUGUUGUUGUUCACCUGACCAACUCGCUGCAGACGAACGGAACCGGUCUCCAUUUCCAUGGUAUCAGACAGAACUGGACCGAUCAAAUGGAUGGCGUUCCUAGCAUCACUCAGUGCCCCAUCGCCCCCAACGACACUUAUACCUAUCAGUGGCGGGCUGUUGAAUAUGGAACCGGCUGGUAUCACUCUCACUUCUACGUGCAAGCUUGGGAUGGAGUCUUUGGUGGUAUCACCAUCAACGGACCGGCCUCAGCGAACUACGAUGUCGAUUUAGGCCACCUCUUCCUCAAUGACUGGUACCACCAAACUGCGGAUGAGCUUGUUACCAAAGCAGCCACGGGAGGGCCCCCAACAGCAGUCAAUGGUCUGAUCAACGGUACCAACACCUUCAACGACACCAUGGGCUCCAGGUUCGAAACGGUGUUCGAAGCCGGGACCAGGUAUCGCCUUCGCCUUGUCAAUGCCGCUGCAGAUAACCAUUUCCGUUUCAUGAUUGACAACCAUACCAUGGAGAUUAUUGCAACGGACUUUGUGCCGAUUGUCCCAUACAAUGCCACCCAGCUGAGCAUCGGUAUGGGUCAGCGCUACGACAUCAUUGUGGAGGCCAAGGAUCUUACCGAUGGCGACUUCUGGCUACGAUCUAUCGCACAGGAGUCUUGCUCCGAGUCUGAUGCCGUUGACAAUGUCAAGGGCAUCAUUCGAUACUCCAACUCGUCCACCUCAGAUCCCACGACCUCGGCGUACAGCUACACUGACUCAUGCUUGGAUGAGGCAUCCUCUAACCUGGUGCCUUACCUUCCCAUUAAUGCGUCUGACACUUACAUCAGCGCUGACGAGAAGGUUGCCGUCGAAGUCACAGACAAUGCACUUCUCUGGACGAUGAACAAGACUUCCAUGCAUACCCAGUGGGAGUAUCCUACCGCCAUGCAGAUUUCACAAAAGAACUCGACUUGGCUCACCAAGCAAAACGUCAUCCACCUGCCUGAUGCUGACAAGUGGGUGUAUAUGGUCAUCCACUCGCCUUUUGCCCAGGACCACCCCAUGCAUCUUCACGGCCACGAUUUCUGGGUUCUGGACUCUGGGUACGGCAACUUCGACAGCAAUCAGACUGAUCGCCUGGCCUUGGUAAACGCUCCCAGGAGAGAUGUAGCUAUGAUGCCUGGUAGUGGAUACUUAGUCAUCGCAUUCAAGACGAAUAACCCAGGUGCUUGGUUGAUGCACUGCCACAUUGCGUGGCACACCUCGGAAGGCUUCGCCGUUCAAAUUGUUGAGCGCGAGUCGGAGAUCACCUACGACACGGAUGUGCUGAACCAGACAUGCACCAACUGGAUGAACUACGUGGUCCAAUCUGACUUGAACCAAUACGAUUCCGGUGUCUAAGCUUCAAGGUCAUUGAUGUUUGUUGAAUAGUAGUAGUCUUCCUCAAGGCUCGCAGAACUCCAACUCUGAUAACAACGGAUAGAGAAGACAGAAGAUAGUCCAUGAUGUAAUAGCAGCUUAAUGCCUAAACACCUUUGUACAAGUUUCCAAUUUCAUGUGAACUGUAGCAUUCUCGUCAGUGGUUUCCAGCCCAUAGGAGUCUUUCAGAUCAAUCGGAUUGCGCCUAAUCCAUUUAAGAUGACUACGUUACCUGGGUACUUAUAUGGUUGAUGUGACUGUCAUCAGCAUGGUUGCUUGGGUUCGAUAAUUGCUCUGGUUCGAUAACCUUUUGUUAGCAGUUGUUUGAACUAACCACAUCCCAAGGGCGUCUGCCCAUCAGUUUCACCAGCAGAUCCAUGUUUGACCGGUGUUCAUGGAAACACGUGGUGAGGAACAAAGUACAUUAC